UCCAAACUGUGACAGACUCUCCAACACAAAUACAGUGUAUUGUGCGCACCGUGAAAAGGGGCCUGGCUCCAGGGCUUUCCUUGUGCUCCCAUGCAGAAAGAGCCCCCAGGGGAGCCAAUGCCAGCUGAGACUGAAAAACAAGGGUCCAAGAUCUAAUUCGCAUCAUGGCAGCAGAGAACCCAGAGACAGACGGUCCCAGAUCCUUCAUGCCUGCUGAGCUCCAGCAUCCCCACUCUAAGUAUUCUCAGUGGAAGUUUAAGCUGUUUAGGGUGAAAUCUAUGGAGAAGGCACCUCUGCCGAGUGAGACACAAACUGAGAUAGGAGCUUCAUUAGGGAUCUCACCUCCUACCGCUCCAAAUAUAGAAGCAGAUCAUGGAGGGGGACUGGCGAGUGUUAUGAAAUUGUGCCUUGGGGGAAAAAGCAAAGAAAAUGUGGAGGGCGCUGGCAAGAGAGUUGAUAUGAAACUGCAGGAAAUGGACACCCACAUGAACCAUCUCAGGUGCCUGUGCCGCAUCUGUGGAAUGGUCCUGAGGAAGGUCAAAGGACCUGUGCAUGAUGUCCAUGGUGAUCUGGAUGACGCAAGCAAGUGCGUGCUCCGCAAAAUGGGUUGCAAGUUUACGAGCUGGCCAGACAUACUUCUGAAAGUAUUCAAGGUGGAUGUGACAGAGGACGCAGAAUCCAUCCACCCUCUUUCCUUCUGCCAUCGCUGCUGGCUUGCCGCCAUACGAGGAGGAGGGGUCUGCAGUUUCACUAGAACAAAAGUCCCAGAGUGGAAGCCCCACACCUCACACUGCUACCUGUGCUCCCCGAAAAAGUCAUCAUUUCAAAGGACUGGAAGAAAGAGGAGGAAGGUUGUUCCUAAAGUCCAGAGUUUGGCCAAAAGAGCCAGAUGGGACCACGGUGACACCAUUGCUGUUGGUGAGAAGAGAGCCCUUAGACCCUUUGGAGACCUCCACAGUCCUGUGCUGAGGGCCUGGAAAAAAAAUGGUAUCCAGAGAGAACAGUGGGUAAAGAAUAUCACACACUGCCAAAAUGACCACCUGAACACCAAACUGAUUGCAGAGAAGCUCCCUACGGAUUUUAUCAUUUCUUUCACCUGCCUGGUGUGUGACCACCUGCUCUGUGAUCCAGUUCAGUCCCCCUGCGGGCAUCUCUUCUGCCGCAGCUGCAUUAUAAAAUUUACCCACGUUUUGGGACCCCACUGCCCUUCAUGCAACGUUUCUUGUGCCCCCGAUGAUCUCAUCCCUCCUGCCAAAACCUUCUUAUCAACUCUCUACUCUCUGCCUCUGCUGUGUCCCUGUGAAGGUUGUGGUGAGCAUGUGCAGUUAGGCUUGUUCAAGGCCCACUGUCUAAACCAUGAGUUGGAGCCGGGUACAAACAAACACUUAUCUCAUUUUCAAAGCUACCUGCUAACCAAUAAGGGAGGAAGACCCCGCCAGCACUUGCUCUCCUUAACCCGUCGUGCCCAGAAGCACCGUCUGAAGGAUCUGAAGAGCCAGGUGAAGGUGUUUGCAGACAAAGAAGAAGGCGGUGAUCUGAAGUCUGUGUGCUUGACACUGUUUCUGCUCGCUCUGAGAUCUGGGAAUGAACACCGGCAGGCAGAUGAGCUGGAGGCCAUGAUGCAAGGCAGAGGCUUUGGAUUGAGUCCUGCCGUGUGCCUGGCCAUUCGGGUCAACACAUUCCUGAGCUGCAGCCAGUAUCAUAAAAUGUAUCGGACAGUCAAAGCUACAAGUGGCCGCCAGAUCUUUCAGCCCUUGCACACCCUCAGAGCUGCAGAAAAGGAACUUCUUCCUGGCUUUCACCAGUUUGAAUGGCAGCCAGCUCUCAAAAACGUGUCCACAUCUUAUAAUGUUGGAAUCAUAAAUGGGCUGUCAGGAUGGACAUCUUCGUUAGAUGACUCCCCAGCUGACACCAUCACCCGGCGCUUUCGCUAUGAUGUGGCGCUUGUUGGAGCACUGAAGGACCUUGAGGAGGACAUCAUGGAAGGUCUGAGAGACACUGGAAUGGAAGAUAGUGCUUGCACCUUGGGCUUUAGAGUCAUGAUCAAGGAGUGCUGUGAUGGCAUGGGUGAUGUUAGCGAAAAGCAUGGUGGAGGACCAGCUGUUCCUGAGAAGGCUGUUCGCUUCUCUUUCACUGUUAUGUCCGUCUCUAUCCAGGCUGAAGAUGAACAGGAGGAGGUCACAAUUUUUACAGAGCCAAAGCCCAAUUCUGAACUAUCCUGUAAGCCCCUUUGCCUUAUGUUUGUGGAUGAAUCAGACCAUGAGACUCUCACUGCUGUUUUGGGGCCCAUAGUCGCAGAGCGAAAUGCGAUGAAAGAGAGCAGGCUCAUUCUGUCUAUGGGUGGCAUGCCACGCUCCUUUCGCUUCCACUUCAGGGGCACAGGAUAUGAUGAAAAGAUGGUGCGUGAAAUGGAGGGCCUGGAAGCUUCGGGAUCUACAUACAUCUGUACUUUGUGUGACUCCAGUCGAGCAGAGGCUGCUCAAAACAUGGUGCUACACUCCGUCACCCGCAGCCAUGAUGAGAAUCUGGAACGUUAUGAAAUAUGGAGAACCAACCCCUUUUCUGAGUCUGUAGAUGAGCUACGAGACAGAGUCAAAGGAGUCUCGGCCAAGCCCUUUCUGGAGACCCAGCCCACGAUAGAUGCAUUGCACUGCGACAUAGGCAAUGCCACUGAAUUCUACAAAAUCUUCCAGGAUGAAAUUGGAGAAGUGUAUAAAAACCCCAACCCCAGCAGAGAGGACCGGCGUAGCUGGAGGGCAGCCUUGGAUAAACAGCUGAGGAAGAAGAUGAAGCUUAAACCAGUGAUGAGGAUGAAUGGGAACUAUGCCCGAAGGUUAAUGACCAUGGAGGCUACUGAGGUGGUUUGUGAACUGGUGCCCUCAGAGGAGAGGAGAGAGGUCCUGAGGGAACUCAUGAGGCUCUACCUCCAAAUGAAACCUGUGUGGCGUGCCACCUGUCCAGCCAAGGAGUGCCCUGACCAGCUGUGCCGCUACAGUUUUAACUCCCAGCGCUUUGCUGACCUGCUCUCCGCUACUUUCAAGUACAGGUACAAUGGAAAAAUAACCAAUUACCUGCACAAGACCCUGGCCCAUGUGCCUGAAAUCAUAGAGAGAGAUGGAUCUAUUGGAGCCUGGGCCAGCGAGGGGAACGAGUCGGCAAACAAACUGUUCAGGCGUUUCAGGAAGAUGAAUGCACGUCAGUCCAAGGCCUUUGAACUGGAAGACGUGCUAAAACACCACUGGCUCUACACCUCUAAGUACUUGCAGAAGUUUAUGGAGGCUCACAAAGACUCUGCUAAAGCUUUCCAGGCAACAAUAGAUCCAGAAGAGAUCCAGGAUGAUGAAGAUUUGACUCCAGAAAUAACCGGGUUAUGAUUUCUGUUAGUUCUAUCUCCAUGAUUGAUUUAUUUUAAGAAUCAGUAAUCUCCCAAUUACCUCAAUGUUUAUGUUUUCUCACUUUAAAUGCUUAUUGAUAUUCCAAGCACAACAGAAAUGGAGUAGGUUUCUAUGUCCUUUAAGAAUACUUUGUACAUAUUUUGGCAUUUGAUUUAAUUUUUAGAUUGUAUUGUUUUUUAUUGUGAUUGUUAGAGUCGUUGACAUCUUUUGUUAGAUGAAACAAAAUAUAUUUUCUUGAGGAAAUAACAUUUUGCACU